AUGGAGGAUUUUGUGUUACUAAAAGUCAGAGCUCAUGAAGGCUUACAUGGGCAGAAGGAGGUGCUUCUGUUUCCAGUAACUGCAUACGACGACUUUUUUCACGAACUCCCAGAAACAUUUCCAUCUGACCCACCAGAGCCUCUGCCACAUUUCCUUAUUGAGCCUGAAGAAGCUUAUAUUGUGAAGAAUAAGCCUGUGAACCUAUACUGUAAAGCCAGCCCUGCCACCCAGAUCUAUUUCAAGUGCAAUAGCGAAUGGGUUCAUCAGAAGGACCACAUAGUGGAUGAGCGAGUAGACGAAACUUCCGGCCUCAUUGUCCGGGAAGUGAGCAUUGAGAUUUCCCGCCAGCAAGUGGAAGAACUCUUCGGGCCUGAGGAUUACUGGUGCCAGUGUGUGGCCUGGAGCUCAGCAGGCACCACAAAGAGCCGGAAGGCAUAUGUGCGCAUUGCAUAUCUACGGAAGACAUUUGAGCAAGAGCCCCUAGGAAAGGAAGUAUCCUUGGAACAGGAAGUCUUACUCCAGUGUCGACCACCUGAAGGGAUCCCAGUGGCUGAGGUGCUUUCCCUUCCAUAUCUUAUUAAACCCUCCUACAACCGGGAGGAAUGAUGCCUCCCACUGUACAGGUGGAGAUUAUGAUUCUGGAAGCUCAGCGUCUACACAAGGCUGUAAACUCAAUUAGUGAGAAGGCUGGGACACAGAGCCAACUCUAACUGCAAAGCAUUUUUGUUUUCUUAUAACAGAAAAAGAAUGUUAUUGACUGUACAUUUUUGAAAUUUCCUUCAUUAAAAUGCC